UGCCAUCGCCGACCGGAUCCCGGAGUAUAGCGUAUUGAGCGGCGGCCGCGAAAGUCAAGGGUUGAAGAAGUCAUGAGGUUGCAGCAGGCGUCCGCGCUAGUGGCCCUUGUGCUGGCCGCUACGCUGAUCAUAGCGACGCAGGCCGUCUACCCCGAUGCCGCCCUCUACCAGACAAACAUCAACCGGCAAAGCUCGGGCGUCGGAGCAGCGGCCGCCGGAGGCAUCGCAUCCACCAUCACGCAGGUCUUCACGCAGGGCCUCUCCGGACUGAUGUCCGGCCUGGUCUCCUCGCUGCCGUCGAUGCUGACCAACGCGGUGCCGAUGUUGCUGAUGCUCGGCCUCGGCGGUCUUCUGCUUCCACUGCUGGGCGUGAGCCUGUUCUUCCGCGAGGGACAGAAGAGGACCUUCAGCCUGCCGUCCAUCAACCCGGCCAUCCUGGACGGGCUCGCCGACGUACUCGACCGCGUCACCAAGGCCAUCGAGCAGGGCGAGAAGAAGUACGCCACCAAGAACAACUGAAGCCAAGGGGCCCUCCCCGACACCAUGCAACCACCGCCACCUCUGUAAAUAGGACGCUGCCAAACUCUCCCCCAUGUACAGUUCCUGUCCGAAAACAACGACCGUCCGACACAGACUAACUCCGUCCACGUCUCCAUCCAGAGCGACGGGCCGUCGUCUUUACACCACCGCCCACGUUCCUGCCUCAAGUCUCGUCUGUGCCUGAAGCCUGUCGCUCGCGCUGUCGCACUGAAUGUGCCGUGCGUCU